GAGGGCAGCCAAUCACAGAGCGAGGACGGAGCCGAACCGCCUUGCGGUUGUGGUGCCCUGAGAGUUGUCAAGGUUCUGGCGAGCGGAGUAUCCGAGAGGGGAGCAAGGGCGGCGACGGUGGUACGAUGCCGAAUAAAGCGAAAAAGGACAAGGAGACCUCCAAGUCUACCAAAGUGGCCAAGAGUGGCGGACAGGAGAACUCAGAUCAUGAGAGCUCGAACAGGAAGGCAAGCAACAGCGUUCCUCCCACCACUCAGCUGCUAAAGGGGAAACAGCCAGGUUCCCAGACGCCUGUCAAAAAGGACAAGAGGCAGAGCUCCUCUCGCUUCAGCCUGAGCAACAACAGAGAGCUGCAGAAACUGCCCGCUUUCAAAGAUGUCCCCCCUGCAGAGCAGGAGAAGCUUUUCAUCCAGAAGUUGCGGCAGUGCUGCGUCCUCUUCGAUUUUGUCUCCGACCCGCUGAGUGACCUGAAAUGGAAGGAGGUGAAGCGGGCAGCGCUGAGCGAGAUGGUGGAGUACAUCACCCACAACAGGAACGUAAUCACCGAACCCAUCUACCCGGAGGUGGUUCACGUGUUUGCUGUGAACAUGUUUAGGACGUUGCCGCCAUCAUCCAACCCCACGGGCGCCGAGUUCGACCCAGAGGAAGAUGAGCCUACGUUAGAGGCUGCAUGGCCACAUUUACAGCUCGUCUAUGAAUUCAUCCUGCGGUUCUUGGAGUCACCGGACUUUCAACCAAACAUAGCCAAAAAGUAUAUCGACCAGAAGUUUGUAAUGCAGCUCUUAGAUCUUUUUGACAGUGAAGACCCCAGGGAAAGAGAUUUUUUAAAGACCACUCUGCAUCGCAUCUAUGGCAAGUUCCUGGGUUUGCGGGCAUACAUUAGGAAACAGAUAAAUAACAUAUUUUAUAGUUUCAUUUAUGAGACCGAGCAUCAUAAUGGAAUAGCAGAAUUACUGGAAAUAUUAGGCAGCAUAAUCAAUGGAUUUGCAUUACCAUUGAAAGAAGAGCACAAGAUAUUCCUCCUGAAAGUUCUGCUGCCUUUACACAAAGUCAAGUCACUUAGUGUAUACCACCCACAGCUGGCCUACUGUGUGGUACAGUUCCUAGAAAAGGACAGCACUCUCACAGAACCGACAGUGAUGGCUUUGUUAAAAUACUGGCCAAAAACCCACAGUCCAAAAGAGGUCAUGUUCCUCAAUGAGCUGGAGGAGAUACUGGACGUCAUCGAACCCUCAGAGUUUGUCAAAGUCAUGGAGCCCCUCUUCAGACAACUCGCCAAGUGUGUUUCCAGCCCACACUUUCAGGUGGCAGAGCGAGCCCUGUAUUACUGGAAUAAUGAGUACAUCAUGAGCCUGAUCAGUGACAACGCUGCCAAGAUCCUGCCAAUCAUGUUCCCAGCCCUUUACCGCAACUCCAAGACCCACUGGAACAAGACCAUUCACGGGUUGAUCUACAACGCUCUGAAACUCUUCAUGGAGAUGAACCAGAAGCUGUUCGAUGACUGCACCCAACAGUUCAGGGCAGAGAAAAGCAAAGAGAAAGCCAAAUGGAAAGAGAGAGAAGAAGCGUGGCUGAAGAUUGAGAAUCUCGCAAAGUCAAACCCACAGUUUCUGGUGUUUGUUGACUCGGGGGGUUCAGACAGUCCAAUGGACAUGGAGACCGACGGGCCACUGCUGGACAAUGUCAACAAGCUAAAGAAGGUGGUAGAGGAGGAAGCAACACAGAUCGUAAAAGAUCAGAGAAGAGAGCGCCCGCUGAUGCGAAGGAAAUCGGAGCUCCCCAAGGACAUAUCCACGGUCACAGCCUUGGAGUUGCACCGGAGAGCCGAGGAAAUAAUGACGACGCACGAUGGCCACUAAGAGAACACCCCCGGAUCCGCCAUAAACCACCAGCAGCAGCAGCAGCAGCAGCAGAAGCAUCCGCAGAGGAACCACAGGCCCACUGAGGUCCUGCACAACGACAGAUGUCUGGUAUCUCAAGUCCAGUCCAGCACAACACAGAACCGAACAGUCCCACCUCCACCCGAUACAGAACACGUGUAAAAGCCUGGUUCAGCUUUCGGACAAGCAGUGCUCAGUCCCAAAUGAUCCCCCCCGCCUCCCCUUCUCCCCCACCCCGCCUCACAUGGUUGUUGUCCAGUGGGGAAGUCUGUGGUGAUGGACGGUGCUGCAUGACCACGACACGCACCGUGAACUUCAUCCAAGAUACUGUGUUGUUUUCUCUCGUCCUCACUGGUUUUUCUCUUUUUCCUGUCCUCUCAACCGGUUGUGUUUUCAGGGGUGCUGUGCUGCCCCCUUCUGGUCAUCUCUCUCAGGUGUUAUGUUCUGUGUGUGUGUGUGUGUGUGUGUGUGUGUGUGUGUGUGUGUGUGUGUGUGUGUGUGUGUGUGUGUGUGUGUGUGUGUGUGUGUGUGUGUGUGUGUGUGUGUGUGUGUGUGUGUGUGUGUGUGUGUGUGUGUGUGUGUGUGUGUGUGUGUGUGUGUGUGUGUGAGCCGUCUUCUCUUUUUGUCUCUUCUUUAUAGAUGUCAGGUGCUUGUACAAAUAACAUGAGCCCCUCUGCAGAGGACCUCUUUGGUUUAAUUUAAAAAAAAACAGAAGCAUCAAUUGAAUUGAGAAAAUUUACGGUUGUUUCUAUAUAUUUAAUAUUAGCUAUUUUUCUCAUUACCUUCAAACUAGACGGCUGUUUAUAUUUUUUUCUACAUAGUAUAUGAGGAGCUUGUCUCAGAGUAAAACACACUCCCCGCCUGUGUGACUGCUCUGUUUGGCUUUUUCUAUUUUGUCCUCAGUUCAUUUUCCAUUUGCUGUGAAGAUUCAUUGAUCAUUCUGUUAAUCAGGACAGGGUCACCGGGGGGCUCGCCGGUGGAGUGUGUCUGGAAUAAAACUGUUACAGCACAGUUCUGUUCGUCAAACCGUGCACGCGUCGCACAACUCCAGGUUUUUCCUCUACUACAUUUGUCCCUGUGUAGACGCCAGCUUCUUUUAAUAAUUUAGUCCCUGUAUUGAAAAUGAUCCUUUUCAUUGCAUAGGCAAUAAGUUAACGUGGGUUUGCGGCGUCUGUCUGUGGGUCAGACACACGGUUACAUGAGAGAGGGAUUGUGGGAUUUAUUUUUGGUCCCGUCUGUUCACAUCCAGCCAUUGUAGGAGUGUGUUUAACACUGUCAUUAGCAUUCAGUACAAGUCACUGUCAUCCAUGUGAGGCUUAGGAGAGGUCGGAGACGUGGUGGCUCGUCUGGGAUUCACACAAAGUUGCUGGGUGUUGAGAGAUGUCAAACAGACGGGGGGCAGACAAUGUGCUGUUGGUGAUGAUUGCUUUUUUCCUACUCUUCUCGAGCAUGACCCUUUUAUUUAUAAGACACUUGUUCGAGAUUAGACCGCGUCAUAGGUGAGGUAUGUUUGAUUUUGAAGAGGUCAAACAUGAGCCGUUCUUUUCAUAGUGCCUUUUAUAGUCUAAGGGGACAUUUGCUCAACUGAGAAUCGAGUAGUAGCAUUAAUAAAAAUGCCAGAUAGUAAAAAAAAAAGGUGAAAUUAGUUUCCACAAAAGAAAAGAAAGAAAAGUCCGUACCCGGUACACCUCGGGCCCCUAGACUCCAGCACAUGCCUUUUCGAAGCUACAAAGCCCAUUUUGACGCAGAGUGGUCGCCCCAAACCACUUCAGCAAUGAAGCACUUCCUGAUUAAACUUGAAAGAAAAUAGAAACACAACUGAAAAAACUAAAACAAACCAGUAAAGAGUUCUGUGAUGCUUUCUGUCUCGGUGUGUUGGGGGGGGGGUCACCUCCCUCCCCAUGGCACCUGUCAAUAAGAGCUAGCCUCCACAGAAGAGGAAAUCACCUCCCAUCAUAAAUUUUCCAUUCUGUGGCCCCGAUGUCCCCUUCCGACUUCAUUCGUACAAUCGUUUUACCUCCCCUCCCCUCCCCUCCCAGCUAAAAGCCGACUACUACCCCAUUGGGCUCGCUGCGUGGAAAUCUGUCUGUUCUGCUUCUGGAUGCUCGUGAGUUCUGUUGUGAGUUUUAUUCCUCCUUCCCCCUUCAGAGCCUCUUGUCAGUGUUUCAACUGAAUGUGCAAAUUGUAAAUAUGACUGCAGUCGCCCUGAUCCGUUCUCUCUCCAUGUUUGUCUCGAAGAGCAACAUUCACCAAAGGGCUUUUUAUGAAUAAAUAAAAAACCUCACCCCUCCCCCUACACUGGGUGGUGAAAGUGAUUCCAUCCCCUCAGAAACCUGCGUCCUCUGAUUGUCGUCAGGCAGUGCCGUUGGAACCUCACCGCCAACUAGUGAUUUUGCCGAUUGUAAUUGCAGAGCGACACCGACACCAAGACAUUCAAGUUUAAAUGCUCACAGCAGCGCAGACCCCCAUGCGUAGCCUUGGUGUGAGUCCUUCACCGAUGUAUAAACCGGGCCGAGGCGUCACAUUGGUGACUGUUGUUCUUCUGGAAAUGGCUUUAAUAUUGGCUUCUUCUUUGGAGUUCUCUUCGUUUUCACAAGCGCUUUGUUUUCUUUUUCCUGGGAAAAGAAUGACUAUUGCAAGUGUCCUUUAGUAUACAUCUCAUACUAAAUGGCCCUGUCUGACAUUGUACAUAUAAUGUACUUAAAUUUUUAUGUUAUGACUAUUAUUAAAUGGUAGAUUUCAUAUUUUGUACAAAACAUAAUGUGUACAGAAUACAGAGGUUGUUAGCAACUGCAGACAGUUUGUAUGUGACACGGACUUCAACACACGUCACUAUUUGCAUUUAGAAAUCAUAUAGGAUUGGGAUAGUUGUCUUUUUAUCUACUGUAAUCCAACAUCUUUUCCCGUUUUUGUUUUCCACCUUCAGACCUGUGUUGAGAUCUUACAUACAUGAGCUUUUUGUGUGUGCUUUUAUCCAAAUCUUCAGUGGUGUACAUCUAUCUAUAUACAGCAAAUAAAGAGAACAUGUGAGUUUUA